GCCGCCUCUCGCUGCAGGCCGCUCCCUGGGUUUUUCUAUACCGCUGGCGUGGCCCGGCCCUCUGCUCGGACUCCUUCUGCUCUCGGGCUCCAAGGGCGUCGGGGGAUGUUGCAGACCGCAUCUUGAAGGACCAGGGGAAGCAAUCUAGUCUGGGUGCCUUUUAUCUCCCCCCCCCUAAAAAAAAAAGAGUCGGGACUGCAACGCAGGGCUGUUCCCAGGACCUGGAUGCCGCCCGCUGAACCUGCGAGCCAAGAAGGUGUCCGCCGUUUGCACAAAAGCUUUGAUUGCAACGGAGCAACGGAGCGAUCUGACUCCGCCACGGCGAUUGAGCCGCAGAUCGGGCCCGAAGACUCCUGCCCGCGCGCCGCCGGCUGGAAGGGCCCGGAGCUUUCCUUCUCGAAGCGCCGCGACUCUUUUGUUAUUUGCUGAGGUCCCGCAGGAGGAGGCGGAAGCGGCGGCCGCGGCUUUCCAGCAUAAUUUUAUCAGCACAAUUUUGCGCGAUAUACUGUAGAUCUGCAGAGGUUUGUUUUUCCCCCACUCCCGGGGAUCAUGUUUUUCUAGUGCAUUUUAAUUUUUAUAGGAAUCCUUUGGUCUUUUGACAAUUACUCCAUUUCUCGACCUGCGAGUUUUGAAAAGGACUCCGAACUAUUUCUACCAAUAGGACAUUUUACUUUUUACUUAUUUUAUUAUAUGCGGAUCCCUUCUUCUUUUUCUUCCUCUCCUCCUCCUCUUCCUCCUCCUCCUCCUCUAAUUUAUGUCUAAGAUGUUCUCCUCCUCGCAUUUUAUUUCAGGCGCAAAAGGGGUUAGAAGUGUUUAAAGGCAAGAUUCUCCUACAAGAUGAUGCUGAGCCCAGACCAAGCAGUGGACUCGGACCACCCGUCGUCAGCGCCGUCCGACCCGGAGUCUCUGGAGGCCAAGGGGCUGCGGAGCUGCUGCGCCUCCGACUUAGAGACGCCAAACGGCGAGGGCGCAGGAGGAGGUCGCUCAGCGGCCCAUCCGCCGCAGCCGCUGAGCCGUGAGGAGAAGCGGCGGCGCCGUCGAGCCACGGCCAAAUAUCGGUCGGCCCACGCCACGCGGGAGCGCAUCCGCGUGGAGGCUUUCAAUUUGGCCUUUGCCGAGCUGCGCAAACUGCUCCCCACGCUUCCCCCGGACAAGAAGCUCUCCAAGAUUGAGAUCCUACGUUUGGCCAUCUGCUACAUAUCCUAUCUCAACCAUGUCCUAGACGUGUAGGGCAGGCGCCCGGGGACCAGGGCCCGCGGGGAAGGUCGACAGGCAAGAUGGACAGGCUGCUGGGUCCCUCUGGAGCCGCCUCCGUUGGGGCUCGGCCUUGCAGGCGGCGCUCCUUCCCCAGGUCAAGUCCCCGGAGGCUCCCUUGUCUCUGAGGGAUGGACGGUCUCGGCUUGCCCCUUCCUUCACCUUCCCUCCCCUCUCAAAAUUUCCCCGCGAUAGGGUCCCCUUUCAGCAAAGUUUCGAGACCCCGGCGGAAGCUUGGCUGGAAGUCCCUUGGCUUUAAGCUCGUGCCUUAAAGUGCUUUCCUGACUCACGCCCGAAAAGAGAAACUUGAAAUGGAAAUUUUCCCUCCGGGGGUUUGGAUGGAGAGUUCACUUGUCCCCGGGCCGCCCAAAACAGGAGCACAUCUUACGUGGAAGGUGGGGUUCUUUUCUAAACAAACCCAGUGAUAAUAGAGAUUGUCAAGUGCCCCUUUCUUUGUAUCCAAAAAAAAUAAAGAUCUCAUUUACUUGUGACCUUAAUGUAUGAUACAGGAGUGCAGUUAAAAAUAAUUUAUUUUUUAAUUUAAGUAGCAAAAGUGGACUAUUUUCUCCCCAAGACAAUUUUUUAGUUUUUGAGGGUGGUUAAGAUUUUGUGUUGAAGACUUUGUGCCAACUGGUUUUCUAUAGUCAAGUGUUUACAUUUUCUUCUGUGGAAUAAAUGUCUGAUUCUGGAAGUGUUCAUUGGAAACCAGAUUGUGGUUUUCAUUUUGCUCUGGUUUUAUUGCACCAAUGCCCUCUUUUUAAACGUAUUUUAUAUAUUUGGACUUGUCCUUGAUAACUUUAUUUAUUUUGUGUGUGUGGAAUC